GUUCAAUUCAAUCAUUUGUAUUUGGCGCAAUUUGGCGGUAAAAGAUACUGAAGUAAAUGAUUUUUGAAUAUUUAGUGUGUUUAAGUUUUUUCGAGUGUUUUGAGAUACUAAUUAAGUAACUCUAUCCACUGGAAGCAGAUUUGAGAACGUUUUAGUGAUAUGGCUGAAAUAGCUGUGGAUUCUGUGAACGAGUUGUCGCAUUCUUCUCGUAUUUCUGAAAGAAGACGAGCUUUGUUUCCUAAUGACAACGAUAGUGAUAGUGAUUUAGGAUAUAUGAGCCCCUUAAGAUCAGAUUCAAGUUUAAGCCCUCCAGAUUCACCACUUAAUCAAGUACAUCAAAGAGAGACUAUGAGAAACGGUUUAUUUAAGUUUGAUGAAAGUUCUAUAAACGAUUACGUUAUUUUGGGAAGUGUAGACAAUAAUACAACAAAUUAUUUUCAAUGUAACAUUAGUGGAUCAGAGUUAGAACAUACAAAUUCCCCUUUUUUCACAAAACAUCAGGAUGAACUAUCCAAUUCAUCAUUAAAAAUAGAUACUAAUGAAACAUUUAUUCCAGACACUCCAUUAAAGUUAUCUCCUGUUAAAAAUCAUCAAACUCCACAAGAGUCCUUUAACGUUUCUGUUAAAAUUCCUAAACUUAUACGUAAAUCAGUUGAUACUGGCUUUAUUGUACAAGAGUGUGGGAAAAGAAAACUCUCUUCCCCUGAAUCCUCCCCUACUUCUAAGUAUCAAAAAUUAGAAGGAGUCGUAUCAAAAGUUUCAAGAGUCAGAACUACCUUAUUUCCAGUUGAAGAGUCAGAAGUUUGUGUUUCUCCCAAGUCAUUUUAUCCAAAAAUGGAGAACAUUACAACUGAAAAAUUUGAAAGCACUUUGAAGAAUGAAUCAAAAAAAUGUAAGCCUAGAUCUUCUCAAACAUUUAUAUGUAAUCGACGUAAAAAGAGUAGAUUUGGACAGAUAAAUGCAGGAGUUAGACACAAAAUAAGAAAACCAAAACAGAAAAGAUCAUCUAAGUCUCAGGUUUUAAAGGCUGCUCUAAAUAUAUUAGAAAAAUCACCUUUUAAUGAAUAUCUCCAAGAAAUGACAAAUAUUCAGAAAACUUCAACAAUAACUCCAAAUAUGAUCAAACAAAUCCAAACAAUUAAGAAAAAUGACCCCCCUUUAAAAAAUACUUCGGAAAUUGAACCAGUUUAUAAACAUAAUCCGUUAAGUAUUGACCAAGAAAACAAAAAAAGAGAAUUAAGUCCUCCUCCUGAUAACAGUAAGAAGUUCUUUAAAACGACAAGAACCAAAGCAGUAGUAGUUAUUAAUAACAGCAUAAAACUUAAUUACGAUCGUGGAAAACUAAGUUUAUUGGAAAAUAGGAGUGAUAAGAAAGAAGGCAGUAGCAGCAUUAAUUUUGAUUUGUCAGACUUAAUUUCAUGUAAAAAUGACGAAAUACUACCCGCAAAGGAAAUUAACAGCAUCUUAGAUAGUUUGGAUGAUAACCAGGAAAACAUUUCGUACCUUCAAACAUUCAAUAAAGACACCGAAAGUAUUUGCAGAAAUGAAAAUUCAAAAAUUAUUUUAAAGGCAGAUAUCUCUGUAUUAGGAUCUGCAAAUUCUAUACAAUUGCAUAAUAUGCCUGAUUACAACAAAAAUAAUGUAGAAAUCGAUGACAGAAAUGAUGUGACUCAGAAAAUGAGUUCUUCGCCUACAAAUAUCAGUAAUAUAAACAACGGAGAACUCUUUCUUUCUCCGACUUCUCAAAUGUGUGAUAUGACUUCUGGACUGGCCUUAAAUAGUCCUAAAAAGGCUAUAAAAAACAUAACAACCACUCUAGAGAAUUUAGAAAAUCAAUCAACUUUACAUAGUAAUUCUUGUAAUUACAGACCAAUAAAGUCAAUUAUGGAGCAAAAAAAAUUGUUUCCCAUAUUUUAUGGAAAAGCAACAACUUCUUUAGACAAUCAACAAGUUAAAAUUGCUGUGCAAAAUCGUAAUCAGAAUAAAACUACUUGGAAGAAAUUACCUAAAGAUCAAAUGCUGUUGGAUGCUGGGCAGAAAAGAUUUGGACUUACUGAAUGCCACGAGUGUAAACUUGUGUAUCAUAUGGGCGAUCCAAGUGAGGAAUUACUUCAUCUAAACUAUCACAAUGCUGGAAGUAUAUUCCGAUUUAAUGGAUGGAAAAACGAGCGCGUUGUGGAAAACUUAUCAGAUGGCAGAAUCAUAAAAAUUUUACCACAGGAUUCAAAACUGUGGUGGAGAAAGGUCAAAGAUUUACUAGAAAUAGUUAACAGAGAAUUGGGCAUCUAUGAGUUAUCAUUUAGUUUAGAAAAUGUUCAGGUGUACUUAUUUAUAAAAAAUAAAAUGGUUCAAGGCUGUUUGGUUGCUGAGCCAAAAUCAAAAGCCUAUCGAAUGUUGAAUAAUGUUAAUGGGGUAGACACCUGCUCAGAAGAGUCUUUUGUCAUUAAAUGCGGCGUUUCUCGUAUAUGGGUUUCAAAAACUUAUCGCAGAAGAGGCAUUGGAUCUGCUUUAAUGAAUUGCUUAAAAAAGACAUUCUUUGCCAAUUAUAUACUUCACAACAAUGAAAUUGGUUUCAGUGGACCCACUGUAGAUGGGAAAUCAUUUGCCACAAAGUAUUUUAACACAAGUAAUUUCUUAGUUUACACUGAUUGAAAAUUGUAUUUCAAAUAAUUUACAGCAACAUAAAUUGUACCUCAUAGUCUAAGUCGAUUUUUGUAAAGGACUGUACAUGUUUAUUACCUGUUGUAUAAUUCGAAAAUUUUAUGUAGUUUGUACAAUUGUGCCAUCAAAAAGGACACCAGAAACUUUAAAAAGAAAUCUAGUAGAAAUUGA